AUGGGAAAGGUUUGCUUCAGCAACACCACAGACCAGGCGGACAAAGCAGGCCAUCCCAUCCCCAAUGACGACUCCGUGGAUGGCGGUCUUCAAGGGUCAUCAGACGAAGUGGAGAAGGCGAAGGAGCUCAGCUACGAAGCCCUCCAAUACGACCUCCUUCACAGGCAGCAUUUGUCCAAAUUGCAACCUAGGCACAUUGGAUCAUCGCAUCGGGAAAAGGAGGAGAUUGACGCUGCCAAAGGUGAAAGAGAUCGAGAGAUGACAAGAAAACUCCUCCCUAGCCAUAAGUCCUGUUUCUUCACAGGCUGCCUCUACGAACAAUUGACCUCGAACGUGGUGCUUCGCAAACGGAAUGAACCCUACGCUAAGGUCAUCGCACCGGCCAUGGAGUGCUACAUUAACUACGAGAAUGCCGAAAUACGUCGAAGCGACGAAUCCUCUGUCGACUUCAAUCGGUUGGAAUCUGGUGGACUGCAGUUCAAAAUGGACAGCGACUCGGAAGCAUUCCAGCGAGGCGAGGUCAAUCUGUGCCUCGACCACGAGACCGAUGCGAGAUCGAGCAUCGUCAGCUUGGGAUACAACAGCACCGACUAUACCAGCAGCACCACCGUAACAGAUGCCUCCGUCUACGCUCCACAAGGUAGGCGGCGAAGAAGGAAUAAAAGGGGGAAGCAUCUAUCGGAGAACCCAAGUGGAGCCACGGACGCGAACAUAAGCAGUUCAGACGAGGAGGAGAGGACGGGUGCCAGCUCGCUGUUUCCAGCUUCGGAAAGAGCAGCGUGGACGACUGAAAACCGAACGGGCGUGAUUAUGUCCAAUAUUGAAAUCCAUCAGGCAGGAAACCGUCAACCCAACGCCGGAAGCACUACAGACUCUGGCAUGAGGAGUUCCAUCGACACUGCCGCAUCUCUCACAGAUCUCACGUGUCGUCGGACAACGCAAUCAGAGCUUCACAGGUUCAUCAAACACUUCAAGGACAUCGCGUUCCUCUUAGGAAAUAGGGACCUUGCUAAUCAUCACACUUCGCGAUAUCACAUGGUGAAUUAUGAGACUCGCACGUAUGGAAAUUCGGCUCAUUACAGAUUCAUACCAACGAUCACAGUCCCAUUCUGGCCUAACGAAUGCCACGAAUGGGUCACAAGGGAGCGAGUCCCAAUAAAGGACGUGCGACUGAAUCGAGUCUACGUGUGGCCAACAAAGGAUAUGGUGGAAAGAGCAAAGCUUCUUGGCUGCCACUUGAUCCCCAAGCUCCCGGACCGUUCCUCCAACCCCUCUGGGACUCAUUCGUGGACGAUGAACUUCAUCAAAGUCGAAGCUUUCCUCAUGAGGACACUUCGGCAUUCCCAAAUCCGCUGUUAUCUCUUCUGCAUCGUUCUCUACAAGAUGUACCUCGAAGAUCCGAAAGCACCGCUCAUCAACGUCCAUCACAUCCAGCACAUCCUCUUCCAUAUGUGCGAGGACGAACCCCAGGAGUGGCCAGAGGACCAAUUGGCCGAAAGGAUUUUCCACGUCAUGAAGUCCUUACUCCGAGCCCUCGAGAAGCGGCGACUGCAGAAUUACUUCAUGAAGAAGAUGAACAACCUUGAGAAUAUUCCCAUGCAGCAAAUCCUUCGCAUGCAGAAGCGGGUCUCAGAGCUGUUGGAAAAUUGGACAAUGAGUAUAUUUCACGUCCUCGAAGGUCUUAGUUCUCUGGAAUUCGCUUCUGGCUUCUAUCCCAAGUUUCCAUUCGAGUCGCUCUACCAUUACCUUACGACAGGGAAGCAAACUCUGCUCGUCCAAAUGUCGGAAAUGAGUUUCUCUGAGCAAUCUGAAAUUGCUAAUGGGCUCAAGAACACAGCGGAAACAAGAGCAGGAAAAUUCUUCAUGAAAAUGUCGGAAUCAGCUUCAUUGCAAAAAUUUGGCACUUGGAGAAAAUCAGACUGA